GUGGGCGUGGACGGUGGCGCAUGCUCGCGGAGCCGGUUCCAGGGUGGCGCCUUCUACGGCGGGGUUGGGGCGGGCAGUCUGUUCACAGAGCGCCUGCGCGGAGAGAGGGCGGUGGCUUGGGUUCUUGGUGGAUGCCGGCUUCCACUCCGUUCCGGAGGUGUGGACGCCGACCUCAGCGGAGAAACGCGACUGAGAAAUGAAGGGAAAAAUGAAACAUUAAAGCAGCAGUUAUGUACAGAUCCCAAAGGAACCAUGGCAACACCAGGUGACUGCCCCAGAAGUGAGUUGCAGGAGGAGGAGGACCCUACCACACAGGCUGAGGAGGAGUGCCUCCAGGGGGCGGUGCACCCGGAGGAGUUCGUGGCCAUCGCAGACUAUUCUGCCACCGACGAGACGCAGCUCAGCUUUUUGAGAGGAGAAAAGAUCCUCAUCCUGAGACAGACCACUGCGGACUGGUGGUGGGGCGAGCGUGCGGGCUGCUGUGGGUACAUCCCGGCGAACCACCUGGGGAAGCAGCUGGAGGACUGGGACCCCGAGGAUUCCUGGCAGGAUGAGGAGUACUUCGGCAGCUAUGGAACCCUGAAACUUCACUUGGAGAUGUUGGCAGACCAGCCACGAACAACUAAGUACCAUAGCGUUAUCCUGCAGAAUAAAGAAUCCCUGAAAGACAAAGUGAUUCUGGACGUCGGCUGUGGGACUGGAAUCAUCAGCCUCUUCUGUGCACAUUAUGCUAAGCCCAGAGCCGUGUUUGCGGUGGAGGCCAGUGAGAUGGCCCAGCACACAGGGCAGCUGGUCGUGCAGAACGGCUUUGCUGAUAUCAUCACCGUGUUUCAGCAGAAGGUGGAAGACGUGGUGCUGCCGGAGAAGGUGGACGUGCUGGUGUCUGAGUGGAUGGGCACCUGCCUGUUGUUUGAGUUCAUGAUCGAGUCCAUCCUGUAUGCCCGGGACGCCUGGCUGAAGGAGGACGGGGUCAUCUGGCCGACCACAGCCGCCCUGCACCUGGUGCCCUGCAGCGCCGACAGGGACUACCGGAGCAAGGUGCUCUUCUGGGACAACGCCUAUGAGUUCGACCUCAGCCCUCUCAAAUCUUUAGCAAUUAAGGAAUUUUUUUCGAAGCCCAAGUAUAACCACAUUUUGAAACCAGACGACUGUCUCUCUGAGCCAUGCACCAUAUUACAGUUGGACAUGAGAACUGUGCAGGUCGCCGACCUCGAGACGAUGAAAGGCGAGCUGCACUUUGACAUACAGAAGGCAGGCACGCUGCAUGGAUUCACAGCCUGGUUCAGCGUCCAGUUUCAGAACCUGGAGGAGGACGAGCCACAGCUGGUGCUGAGCACCGGCCCGCUGCACCCCACCACCCACUGGAAGCAGGUGCUGUUCAUGAUGGACGAGCCUGUCCCCGUCCUCAUGGGAGACGUGGUCACGGGCGCAGUGGUGUUGCAGAGGAACCCUGUGUGGAGGCGACACAUGUCUGUCACCCUGAGCUGGUCCAUCACUUCUGCACAAGACCCUGCGUUGCAGAAAGUUGGGGAGAAAGUCUUUCCCAUCUGGAGAUGACAGGGCAGCUCUGUGGGGGACGUCCAUUGCAUCUUAGGGGACAUACGUGACUCUGAGGAGUCACUCCUGGACGGAUGCGUGUCCUGGGAAAGCCAUGGACUUGCUCUAGGAUGGGGUGGUGACACCCUCACCCACGGCCUCAGGGCUUCAGGGUCCUCCCCGUACGCCCGGCGCCGCAGGGCCCACACUCACCACUGUCACUGCCCUGCCCGUCCUGAAACCCGGGCUCUGUUUCCGGUGUCCACUGUGGGUAGGUGGUGGCCCACGGUCCCUCAGCCAGGCCCGUCCUGAGCUCAGAGGACAUGCUUGUCAAUCCUGUGCUGUGAAGGUGGAUGUUCAUGCCUCGUGUGUGCGUGUGUCCUUCCCGCCCUCGGCUCACCGCUCAGCUCACGGACGUGGGGUCCCCGAUCGGCGCAAGAGCUGGAGGUGCGAUGCAUGUGGUGGGGCUCUGCAUGGGGUAGUCCACUUGUAGCAACGUCUUCCAGAUAAGUUAUGGGUCAGCACAUAAGACAUGCUCAAUAAAUAUUUUUUAAUAAAUGAAUGUCGGUGUAUAUCCU